AUGGGUCAGAUAAUACCUUCCGCUGUAAAAGAUAAAGUGAACGGAAGCAAUGCUAAUAGAGUCUCAACAGUUAAAUGUCAUGUAAAGCAGCAUCGUUAUCCACAACCAAAUGCACACGUCAGAACUUUGUUACAGAAUCUUAAACACAUUGAGCAAUAUUCUUUACGAACAACAUUCGAUAACAUUGCCGACGAUAACGAUGGAGUAAUAAAAGAAGAUGCUUUCGUGAACUAUCUCGGCCUCCCAGAUAAGAUAGGCAUAGGCCCUCUUCUGUAUAAAUCAUUCAAAUAUUUAGCUACAUAUCCCGAUCUCCGACACGACGAUGAAUCCUCUCUUACAUUCGAUGGCCUAACAAUAGCAAUCGCUAUCUAUUGUGACAAAGCAACGAAAAAAAUUCAAGAAGACAAACUAAAGCUACUCUUCGAUUCAUUCGCAACAAUACCGGAACCAUUAGUAUCCAAUGAGACUGUCAAAGAUCCUUCAUCUCAUUCGACGCUAAUAUCUGAUAUGAGUGACCUCUCUUCACUAAAACUCAAAUUCGAUGAUGCCGAAAUUUUGAAAAUACUUGGUAUUGAACAAGAAGGAGAAAGCGCUGCAGGGAUCGACAGCGUCUCCAGGAUAUACUGCAAGGAUAUGUUAAGUAUUCUCACAGGGCUUACAUGGAUUAUGUCCACUCAAACGAUACUGGCAUUGGACGAGAAUACAGACACUAGAACGAACUUAUUCAACCACUUGUCUCCCGAGAAUAUUGCUCAUAUAUAUGAUCAGAUCUCACUGAUUGUGCAACAAAUGGAAAGAUAUGAUUCGCGUCAACGAUCACUGUCAAACAUCGAUCUUUCCAAUCAAGUGAUAACAUGGCCAACAUUCAAGAAAUUUGUUCAUCGCAAUGUACCCAAUAUAUUCAAUGGCUUUCGAGCAUUUUUCACUUCUCAAUUUCUUAUUGGGCAGACGCUUUCUCAACCACGAUCAGACUCGCCAUUCGUCGGCCCAAAUUCCUCGUAUUGGGCUACUCUGGACAAGCCAUCUGACAUACUGUCGGACCCGACGAAAAUGGCGAUACUAUCGUGGAUGUUGCCCGGGAAAUCAGUUACGCGACGUCAGUGGCAGAAGUUGUAUUCGGGCAGAGAACACGGAUUUAGUAUGAACAGAUUCGAGACGCGUGUAUUUAAGUAUCCAGGACCGACAUUAAUUCUGAUAAAUGCUGAGGUAUUGUCUUCAAAAUCACUUACUCAACAGAAUGGUAACGGUGAAUACUGUUCAUCAAAAGAGAACGUCUCCAUGUCGCAUCCACAGACCCUGAUUUUAGGGGCAUAUAUUGCUGAGCCAUGGAAAUCAACUAGUUCUUUAACAAAGUGCUUUGGGUCAGAGGACUGCUUUUUAUUUGAACUCUAUCCAACCUUUGAGGUAUUUCCUUCCUCAAAGCGGAAUACUAAUUAUGUGUAUUAUAACUCAUCCAUUGGACUCGGCUUUGGAGGUUUACCGACUUCCGGAAAGACAUCUAACAAGCUAGAAAAUCAAGAGUGCAAUUCGUUCUUUUUGCAAUUGGAUUAUAGCCUUCAAUUUGGUCGAUAUCGUAAUGAUCCGCUUAGAGAGAUAGCUCCCACAUACAUGCUCUCCGAAACUAGGAAUCAUUUUGAUACACCAUUUGAAGUGAUAGAGAUUGAGGUAUUUGGACUGGGUGGAGACAUGGCUAAGCAGAAGCAGGAGAGCGAGUGGUUAUGGGAAGAGAAAGAUGUUAAAAAGAGAAGGUCUCUAAAGAGCAACUCAGGAAAGGUUGAUAACGAAUUGUUGAAGAUGGCGGGUGUCAUUAAUGAAGAUCUUCGGAGAGAAGUAAGACUGUGA